CUCUAGUUUCAAAUAGCUUGGCUCCCAAUCAGCUCACAACAGUUGCCCCGAAGCCUUGCCAUCACUACAAACCUUACAAUUAUUUUGGGAGGGUAAAUGCCACAUUUGGUCAGUGAGAUUGUUAUGAUUUCUUUGCUUAUUUUUGGUGAUGUAAAUAAGUUUAGGGGUCGUAAUGUAAUUUGCCAAUCAUCAGGUUAAUUGUUGUACGAGGAUGGCAGUACUUAAGAAGGGUCUUUGGCUCCGCCGAACCCUAACUCUCUGAAAUCACAUCAAUAAUAAAAAUCCCGAGAACGCGAGUUCUCCGUGGAGUAGUCUCGUUCAAAUCGAACGAGGAAACCAGGUAAAAUCCUUGCGUUGUGUCUUUCGAUUCAUCGUUUUCUACAUGGUAUCAGAGCUGUGAAGAGAUCCACAAUUUUUCUCUCCUCCUCGUUCAACGAUGAGUGACACCAAAGCUGAGAAGAGCUCGGCCUCGAACAAAAGCAUCUUCACGACUAGCGUGGGCGUACAACGCCCUUUGCCCUUCACUUUACACAAUUCCAAGAGCCCCAGUCGGCUUUUCGUGGGUGAGCUUCUCACGAAAACUAACUAUGAAGAUUUUGAUGCCUGGAAGCAAGGUGACGCCAUGGUUAAAGGCUGGUUGAAGACCGCCAUGUCAAAGGAUGUGCGCAGCAGCGUGCGAUUUGCUAUCACUGCUAGGGAGAUAUCAGUCGACGUUCAGACUCAGUUUGGUCAUGGGAGUGUCCCCCGGUUGUACGAACUUCAUCAGACCAUCAAUUUACUUCAACAAGAGAAGACUUCAGUCGCUUCCUUUUACACCAAGCUUCGUGGUUUGUGGGACGAAAUCAAUUCUCUUGCUCCUUCCUUAGAAUGCACUAGUGGUGGUUGUACUUGUGAUGUGAACCGCAGGCAGCGUGAAUCUGAGGAAAAUGAGCGCCUCUUCGACAUUCUCAUGGGCCUUGAUGAUGCAUUUGGGAUCAUCAAGACACAGAUUCUAGCGAUGAUACCCACUCCAAGCUUGGCCAAUGCUUAUCUCUUGCCAUGAAUGACGAACAACUUCGUCAUAUUUCUAGCAAUCGUCGCCCUCGUGUUGAAGUUGUUGUUUUCCAGGCCCAUGGAAAGAGGAAGCCGCAUGCGUCUAGUCGCAAAGGGGAGCGAGACGUUGAUCGUCCUUGUGAUGCAGAGGGUCGUCCCAUUAGCACUCAUUGCAACAAAACCGGUCAUUUCAAAGCAACGUGUUACAAGUUGCAUGGCUACCCCUCUCGCACUCCUGGUAAAGCACCUCCAUGUCACCGCGGGGACUCCUCCGAUCGUGGCUAGCAAUCGAAACCUCAGGCUGCUGCUGUAGACGUGUAGUCCAAUCCAUUUCCAGGGCUAUCUCUAGCCCAAUUUUCCCAACUCAAACAACUUUUGGGUUGAGACAUUCGCGCUUCGGCUCCAGCAUCCCUGGACCCUACUUCGAACAUGGCAGGUACAGCUCUUCCCUCUCAUACUUCAUGGGUAACUGAUUUCGGUUGUAAUGAGCAUAUUGUUAGCAAUCAAUCUCUUUUAUCCAAUGAGCUAGAGAGUCCACCAGCUCUACAGGCUCGAAUUCCUAAUGACAUGGGCGUUCCUGUUCAUCGGAUUGGUUAUGCACAUUUAUCUAUUGAUCUUUUUCUACGGAAAGUUCUUCAUGUUCCGUUUUUAGUGUAAUUUACUAUCAGUCAGUUGUCUCAUGGCUGAUCUCCCGGUUGCUCUGAUUUUCAUAAAGGACUUACGUGUUA